CAACCAUCUAACAUUUUUGUCGCUUCGAUACACAGCGCUGAUCACAAGCGCAGUUGCGACCAGACAGAAUGAAGAGCUUACGAAGAGAUCUCUCCUCGAACCCGCAGGCUCAAAAUGUCACCAGCAAAAUCUUCGUCCGGUCCACGAAAAGUGGGAAGGUGCAAAAGAUCGUUCGCGAGCUCUAUCUGAGACAGGAUAUUCCAUGCUCGUCGAAGCUUUGCACGGUGUGUCCGUCAGUUGCGCCUGCGGAUGCGAAUGGAAACAUUACGCCGUUCAUCCUCUCCGAACAACCCGCGGGCACCAAAGCUUUCCCUCGUGGCCAUUACCUUGUUCCUGAUACGAAUGCGCUGCUGAAUGGAAUGGACCUUUUCGAACACACCGGAGCCUUUUACGAUGUCAUCAUUUUACAGACCGUCCUCGAGGAGCUGCGGAACCAGUCUCUCCCCCUCUACAACCGUUUGCUUGCGCUGAUCAAAACCGACGAGAAGCGCUUUUAUCUAUUCUUCAACGAGUUCCGCCUGGAGACCCAUGUUCGACGUGGCCCCGACGAGUCGAUCAACGACCGGAAUGACCGAGCCGUUCGAGCCGUGGCCAAGUGGUACAUGGGACAUUUGCUGUCGACGGCCAAGAAGGCCAAGAAGGAGCGUUCGAUCCCGGCGAUCGUGGUCAUUACCGACGACAAGGAGAACUUGCGGAAGUCGAAGGAAGAGAACAUUACCGCGCUAUCACUGACGGAUUACGUCUCGGGUCUGGAGGAUUCCGACAGGUUACUGGACAUGAUCAACGAGUCGAGGGAGGCGAGAGAAGCCAAGGGCGCACGCGGCGAGCUCUUCUACCCUGAAUACUACACCAUGUCGAAACUCCAGACGGGCCUGAGGGCAGGAACAUUGCACCAGGGUGUUUUCAACGUUUCGCCGUACAACUACUUGGAGGGCUCAGUUAACGUUCCAGCCUUUGACAAGCCUCUACUGAUCCUUGGCCGCGACAACAGCAACCGAGCUAUCUCUGGAGAUGUCGUUGUGAUUGAAGUGCUGCCUAAGGAUCAGUGGAAGACACCAUCGACCAAGCUUGUGGACGAGGAAGCUGUGACCAAGAAUGACAACCCAGAUGCCGAGGACAACGAGGCGGUUGUUACUGAAAGAGAGCGCAAAGCGUUGCAGGAGGAAGUCAAGAAAGCCCAUGGAAAGAACUCAGAGGGUAGACCACAGCCAACGGCCAAGGUUGUUGGAGUGAUGAAGCGGAACUGGCGGCAAUAUGUCGGUCAUGUCGAUUCAGGAUCAGCAGGUUCCCAGACCAGCUCGAGUCGACGACAGCAAAAUGUCUUCGUUCUGCCCAUGGAUAAGCGUGUGCCAAAGAUCAGACUGCGCACUAGACAAGCUGCCGAUCUCAUGGGGCAACGCAUCCUGGUCACUAUUGACGCUUGGGACCGCGAUUCACGAUACCCCACUGGACACUUCAUCCGGUCAUUGGGAGAACUGGAAACCAAGGGAGCCGAGACGGAGGCCUUGUUGCUUGAAUAUGACGUUCAGUACAAGCCCUUCCCCAAGGCCGUCCUCGACUGCCUCCCUGCGGAGGGUCAUGACUGGAGAGUGCCCGCGAGCAAAGACGACAUUGGCUGGAAGGGGCGGAGGGAUCUUCGAGACCUUCUUAUCUGCAGUAUCGACCCCCCUGGCUGUCAGGAUAUCGAUGACGCUCUGCACGCACGACCAUUGCCGAAUGGCAACUUCGAAGUCGGUGUUCACAUCGCCGAUGUCUCACAUUUUGUCAAGCCCAACAACGCGAUGGACCUCGAGGCCUCGCAGCGUGGAACCACGGUGUACCUUGUCGACAAACGUAUUGACAUGUUGCCGCACUUGCUCGGUACCGAUCUGUGCUCCCUGAAACCCUACGUGGAGCGGUACGCCUUCUCCGUCCUAUGGGAAAUGACCCCCAACGCGGAGGUUGUGUCCGCCGAUUUCACCAAGUCGGUGAUCCGGUCCCGCGAGGCCUUCAGCUACGAGAAGGCCCAAAAGCGGAUCGACGACCCGAGGCAGACCGACGAACUCACCGAGAGCAUGCGCACCCUGCUGCGCUUCUCUAAGAUCCUCCGCCAGAAGCGCAUGGACGCCGGUGCGCUGAAUCUCGCCUCGCCCGAAGUCCGGAUCGAGGCGGACAAUGACGAGGUCGGCGACCCGCUGGCCGACGUUAAGACCAAGGCGAUGCUCGAGACGAACAGCCUGGUCGAGGAGUUCAUGCUCCACGCCAACAUCACCGUCGCCACCAAGAUCUACAGCACCUUCUCCCAGACGGCCAUGCUCCGCCGGCACGCCACGCCGCCCCCGCAGAACUUCGAGGAGCUCAUCAACCAGCUCACCAAGAAGCGCGACCUGCGGCUCGACGUGUCCAGCUCGCGGGCGCUGGCCGACUCGCUCGACCGCUGCGUCGACGCGCAGAACCCCUUCUUCAACACCCUAGUCCGCAUCCUGGCCACGCGCUGCAUGACCUCGGCCGAGUACUUCGUCGCGGGCGCGCACGCCGAAUCCGAGUUCCGGCACUACGGCCUGGCCUCCCCGAUCUACACGCACUUCACCUCGCCGAUCCGCCGGUACGCCGACCUGCUGGUCCACCGCCAGCUGGCCUCGGCCAUCGGCUACGAGGGCGAGGACGGCCGCGCCGUCGUCGAGGGCGUCAUGACCCGCAACCGCCUCGAGGACAUCUGCCGCAACAUCAACUACCGCCACCGCAACGCCCAGUUCGCCGGCCGCGCCAGCAUCGAGUACUACGUCGGCCAGGCGCUCAAGGCCCGCGGCGAGAAGAUGGCCGCCGACGGGGUGGACGGCGGCAUCGAGGAGGAGGGCUACGUCAUGCGCGUUUUCGAGAACGGCGUCGUCGUCUUCGUGCCGCGCUUCGGCAUCGAGGGCGUCGUCCGCCUCGAGGACUUCGUCCUCCCCAAGGACGCCGCCCUGCGCACCGUCGCCGAGCGCCGCGAGCUCGUCGUCCGCCGCCAGAGCGACUUCGACAGCGAGGAGUACACCCUCCGCGUCUCGGACAAGGGCGACGCCGACCAGGCGCACGGCGUCUCCGUCGAGCUGUUCCAGAAGGUCAAUGUCAACGUCAGCUCCGUCAAGGAGGAAGGCGGUCGUGGCGCUGGGAAGCGGAGAGUCCGCAUCUUGAUCUUGGGCCAAGGCGCUUGAACAUACUAACAGACAAUACAAAGGGGGAAAAAAUGAAAUUAUCUAUCGAUUUAUGACUGGCAUAAUACAAGAGGAUUUGGGCGUCUACCGGUGUCUCGCACGUAGGAUGACUGUACUAGAUUUAGUUGUGUUCAAUCUAAAAUUUCU